AAUAUAAAGAUUCUUACGGAUUACCAGAGAAAUAAAAAGUCAACUGAAGAAAUGAUGUCCGUCGUCUCUUUCAUUUAGUCUACGUUAAACCUGUUUUUUUGAGAGGAUGUGAUCAUUUAAAUAUGAUUUCUGUCCUCAUAGUUGUCCUUGUAACUGGCUGGUUUGGGGAAGUAAGAUCUGAUAUUUAAAAUAGUGGCUUGCUCAUUUGGGUUUGCGUCACAGUUUGAAAACCUCAGCUUUAGCUUCACACUUCGAGGCUUAACUUCCUGUAUCUUCACAUAGAGGAGGUUUGAACACACAGUUACAUUUUGAGCCGUGCACGAGGGGCUUAACGUUUCUGUCGACCUCCAGAUCAACAUAAGGUAUAAACAAAAGAUGGUGACUAAUCGGCUUGGGUGUUUAUCAGUUCUUGUUUUACUGCUCGCUUUGAGCAAUUCGGUCACAUCAAGAGAUCUCAGGAUGAAAAGGGAAAUUCAUCGCAAUGCAACAAACAUAACUGAAGGACACGGUACGGCAAAAGUAGCUCAGGAUUUAAAUGGCACCACUGUCAAACCUUUGGCUUUGGGUACCUCACCGGUGAUUGAGAUGAAAACUGGUAAACCUGAUGUAAAUAACUCAGCGGUGAGUAUGGAUCACCAUGAUGCCUCUGAUUUGAACCACACCCAACAAGUGAACAAGACUUCUGAAAGCGGCAACCACACUGCAGGAACUGAGAAUGUGACGACCCAGCCGCCAGCAGGUAUUGAGAGAACUUUGCACACCCAGUCAUCCGUAACAGAAGACAGUAAUGGACACACUUCACAAACAGGAAGUUCAGCCCACACAUUUCCUCCAACGUCAGUGCCCGGUAAAGUAAUGAACAUGACAGCUUCUACAACAAAUGCAACAAAACUCACCACUGCGCUGUCCCCUACAACCCAUAGUACCACUACAAAACAGACUUCGACCACAGAAAAGGUUGUCCCUUGUUCCACCUCCUCUUCUCAUAGGGACGGGCUUGUGAGUCGGUGUCUCAUCGCCAUCGCUUCGAUGGCCGCCCUGACGACUAUCUUUGUCAUAAGCACCAUAUGCCUGGCUACGAAGCUCUCGAGUUAUAGAUAUAGAAACAGGGCACGACUUCUCCAAGAGACAGAGAUGGUCUGCAUUUCUGCUUUGAUGAAUGAUACGGAUCAUCCUGUUCCAAAGCCAAGACACCCCAGAAGUAAUGGAGCAUUGAUCCCAUGCACCGAGGAUGGAGAUCUUGAUGGAGAUAAUCUCACCCUUAACAGCUUUCUUCCUGAUUCCGAAGGCAUGAUUUAGAUGCUUCCUCUGUUGACUUUCACUCAUUUAUCUUAAAGGUGUGAAUUUUCCCAAGUAGUCCGCAUGGGGUUAUUUGGUUGAUCAAGGAUAGUUAAGCAAAUGUUGCUUUGCAAGACUGACACGAGCUGCACCACACCGUUUGCAGUUUUUGGGGAAGUUCACCUGUUGAAAAAUUGCAGACUUAUUCUGCAAAACAGCACAGCAUCUCACACCUUACUGCUUAUAAUAUUAUUUAAAGGUGCACUGUGUAGAUUUCAGCGGCAUUUAGUUGUGAGAUUGUGGCUCAGUCCACUGCUCACUCCCCCUUCGAAGCACUUAUGGGGCUUUUCCAUUGCAUAGUACCCCAUGGUUUGGGUCGGGUCAGUUUUUUUUUUUAGUACCACCUCAGUCGGGGUUCCAAGCAACCUGAGCUGAUACCAAAAUGUUAGGCGAAAACACUGUAGAUCACGGAUUGUUGAGAAUCGUCACUGCCAGCGUCAUCGCUAUAAUGUAAAAGAUUUGCUUUACCUUCAUGCUAGCUUGCGCUGUCUCGAGUAAACCUGUUGUCAUCAGUGCUUAGCUAUAAGUUCCCAAACUCCCUUUUUGCGAUGAAUUGAGAAUCAGGAACACCAUAACAGUUUUUUUCCAGACUUGCAGUUUGUGGCGGCACAUUCGUGACGUGCACGUCUGCAUAUAUGCUUUAAUGCAACUUAAAUGAGGCUCUGCGGCGCUUGUCGACAGACGCCACGGGUGUUUGUACAGAAACUGUCAUGUGAGACAGAGGUAGUGAUAAAUGCGAUGUGCAAAUAUCUAUUUGUGGUGGUCAAUUUUAAUUUUGUGGCGGACUGAGAAAUAAAUAAAUGUAUGCGAAUGUACAACAACGCUCUCACUUGUAUGAUGUCACAGCAGUAGGCAGCGCAAAUAUAACGGCACGCCUAUAAUCCCUCUCACUCCGAAGUGUUACUAAACUCGAUGGAAAAGCUAACCAAGCCAAAUUAAGGUGACCUGACCUAAACCAUGGGGUACUAUGCAAUGAAAGAAGCGCCACUAGAGAAGUUACAACAGCCACCACAGGAACAACAUGAUGUCUGAGACAACAUCGUGAUGAAAUGCACUCUUUAUGGCUACUGUGAAAAAUAUGGUGCCACAAAAUGGCGACUUCCAUGUUAGGGGAACCGCAGUAUAUGUAGAUAAAAACGGCUCAUUCUGAGGUAAUAAAAACGUUCAUUAUGUAAGGUCUUUAUACAACACUGAAGGCAUAGUCAUGUGUAUUAUUUCAUUUAAUUUAUAUUUCAUUUCUCUCAUGCCACAAAUGCUCGAUUAAGCUAAACUUGUAUUAUACCUGUGGAAAAACUCCUGUGAUUCAACCCAGCUCUUGAAUUUUCUGCUUCUGUACCACAAUUGGGUACAAUAUAGCUGGAUUAUCAGUUUUUUAGGGAGUUUCUUACUUAAUGAAAAAACAUUAAUCGAUAUUUGUUUUAGGUGUGUGCAAAUGCUGUAGUUUUUCCUUAUACCAACAUGGUUUGUUUGUUGUACAACAAUAAUAAAAUUUGUAGUAUUUUAAUAGCUUUGUACUAUAAUAAAUUCUUGUUUUGUAUGCCUAUUAAACAGGGUAUUUAAUCAUUUCAGUGUUGAACUACUGUACUGCUGUCUUUGGAAAGCUCAGGAAUAAGUUAAGCUUGGCAGAAUGUGUAGCUGAACAUGUUCUAUUUCUGUCUGUGGUCAGACUAGCGCUGUAUAAUUUACUUUAAAUGGAUGAUGUUGGACUUAUUUCACAUUUUUUCUAUGUAUAGCAUGUCAUCAUUAUUUUAAAUGUACAUAAAAUACAUUUAAUCACGUGUAU